GGGACGCAACCAACAACAGCCACACAGAUAUCUCUUGGGAAGGGGAAGUAAGGGAGGUUUGCGGAAGGAGGAAGAUUCCAAAGGAAGUGAGCGUAGACGCUCAGCUGAAAGUACGAUUCUAUGGGCCAAUAGCCGGCUGGUGUCGAUGGUCAGGGGGCGGGAGGAGUUCAGUUAAACCGAGGAGAAGCCGGAAGAACUUUUAUUCUGUCAGGAGCUUCCUGUGUUUUUUUGUUCUGUUGCUGCUGUCUUCUUGGCGUCGCUCUCGUUUCUUUUCCUUGUCUAAUAUGGAUCCCGUAGGAAUCGCCGCUGUUGUCCCUGCUGCUGAAGCGAGCCCGAGUCCAGCUUGGCCACAAAGCAAGUGUCCAUGGGGAACUCCUAAAAAUACCACAAUAUCUUGUUCCCUUGCUGAUGUCAUGAGCGAACAACUAGCUAAAGAGCUGCAAUUGGAAGAAGAAAACUCUGCUUUUCCUGAAGUGGUAUCGGUUGUUGAAGGAUCACUUAUUAGUGGAGAUAAUAUUGAUACUUCCAGUGACCUCAUGCUGGCACAGAUGCUGCAAAUGGAAUUUGAUAGAGAAUAUGAUGCACAGCUUCGACGUGAAGAAAAAAAGUUCAAUGGGGAUAGCAAAGUGUCCAUAUCUUUUGAGAACUACCGAAAGGUGCAUCCGUUUGAAGACAGUGACAGCUCUGAAGAUGAAGUUGAUUGGCAAGAUACUCGUCAUGAUCCAUAUAGAGCAGAUAAGCCCACUACUACUCCCAAAAGGGGUUUUAUAGGAAAAGGAAAAGAUAUUACCACCAAGCAUGAUGAGGUUGUCUGUGGAAGAAAGAAUACUGCUCGAAUGGAAAAUUUUGCACCUGAAUUUCAAGUUGGUGAUGGAAUUGGUAUGGACCUAAAAUUGUCCAAUCAUGUCUUCAAUGCCUUAAAGCAACAUGCCUACUCUGAGGAACGUCGAAGUGCCAGGCUGCAUGAGAAGAAGGAACAUUCUACUGCUGAGAAAGCAGUAGAUCCUAAAACACGUUUACUUUUGUAUAAGAUGGUCAAUUCUGGAAUGCUAGAGACCAUCACCGGAUGCAUAAGUACAGGAAAAGAGUCGGUGGUGUUUCAUGCAUAUGGAGGAAGCUUGGGAGAGGAAGCCAAAUCUGUACCUUCAGAAUGUGCCAUAAAGGUGUUUAAAACAACUCUGAAUGAAUUUAAGAAUCGUGAUAAGUAUAUCAAAGAUGAUUAUAGGUUUAAAGACCGUUUCAGCAAACUGAAUCCACGAAAGAUAAUCCGUAUGUGGGCUGAGAAAGAAAUGCACAACUUAACAAGAAUGCAGAAGGCAGGUAUUCCUUGUCCAGAAGUUGUUACCCUUAAAAAGCAUAUCUUGGUUAUGUCCUUCAUUGGUCAGGAUCAAGUUCCAGCUCCUAAACUAAAAGAAGUAAAACUCAAUAGUGAAGAUAUGAAAAAGGCUUACUAUCAAGUUCUUCAUAUGAUGCAGCAAUUGUAUAAAGAAUGCAGUUUAGUUCAUGCUGACCUGAGUGAGUACAACAUGCUCUGGCAUGGGGGACAGGUGUGGUUAAUUGAUGUCAGUCAGUCUGUGGAGCCCACUCAUCCUCAUGGACUUGAGUUCUUGUUUAGAGAUUGCAGGAAUGUUUCACAGUUCUUCCAGAAGGGAGGUGUAUCUGAAGCACUAAGCGAACGAGACCUCUUCAAUGCUAUCUCAGGUUUAAAUUUUACAGCUGACAAUGAGGUGGACUUCUUAGCUGAGAUUGAAGCUUUGGAGAAGAUUAAUGAAGAUCACGUACAGAAUCGUGGGAAAAAAGUGUCUCUGUAUUCAAGUGAUGAAGAGAGUCCACCAGCAUUUUGCAACAAAUAGCAUUUUGAGUUGAACUGAAAUAUCUGUUUUACAUCUUUUAGUGCAGUGAUUAAAUGUCAGCUGCCAAAAGCAACAGAAAUUAUGGUCAACUCAGAAUGCCAUAAAUGAAACUUCAGGGAAUGUGCAUUGGUGCUUCAGUAACGACAAGUUAGGCCACUGGGACUAACAGCAUAGCUCUGACAGUGGAAGGUAACUUCCUUUCCAGUCUGGCAAACUUUUUUUUUAAGUACAGUGUAGCUGUGUUGAAUAUGGUGUGAUUUAAAUAUUUAAUUUUUUUAAAAAUGUCACAAUUUCAGAUUAAAUUCUGAAGUACUACAUGACUCUGCAAGAGAGAGAUGCUCUUUCCCUCCCUUCCCUUUACCUAGUGAUGCCUAAUGGGGGGAAAAGUUUUUUUUAACUUUUUGUUCUUAAAUGGAGUAUGCUUAAGGAAAGGCUGAUGUUAUGUCUGAGAACCAUUCAACACUGAUUUAGUAUCAAAAGUAACUAUUUUUUAUGAAAACUUUAAUAUUUGAUAAAUAUUUAUAUUAAUCACUAAAAAUAGCCUGAAACAUUUUCUAUGAUUUUUACACAAUAAUAAUAAUAAAACUGUUUGCCUGUAAUUUGACUCUUAAAUCUUUAGGCCAUUAUGUCAAAUUAUAUUAGAACUGAAAGAAGGAAGUUGCCACUGGAUAGCAAAAAUAUUUGGUCUUUUAUUUCUUGAACAAUGCUUAAACAGAAGAUAGAUUAAUAUUAAGACAUAGGUAGCUUUGAAAGAAAACAUGAAAAAGUGUAAAUGAGGUAAAAUUAGUGAAUAUACAGCAGAAGGAGUUCCCUUACAGUUGUAUCCUAAUUGCAUUAACUUGAAAUAAUGGUAAAUUUCCCUCUUUGUAGGAAAGAUUAUUUUAUAUGUAAUUCGGAAAACAUCCUUUGUGUUUACAAGUGUGUAUAAGUUAUGAUCAACAUGAAGGCACACAACAUCUAACAUAGCCUCCUCUGUAAUACAGUAUGAUGCAAUUUAUAUGACUACAUAAACAAAAAGAAAGCCAAUAGAACCCAAAGCCUUAGCAUCAAUGCUCAUGUGAAGAAAUCCAGAGUCCUAUAAUAAUGGGACAUGCCUGUAAGGUCUUAUUUGGAAGUGGAGUAGAGACCUGCCUCUUUACUCUUGCAUAGUUGAUUUCAUUCGAGUAUACUUGUGUGUAACUAAAUCAUAUUACUCAGCUACGGUCAAUAUAUUAUAAAUUCAUUCACUGAAGGUUUUUGAGGAUUAAUGGACUUGAUAGGGUGGUAAAACUAUUGGUCACCUUUUCUUUUAAAGCUGCUCUUCAUGAUGAAAUUAGAGACUGUUGCUAUAUGAAGCUAUUACUGUGUCCUAUGAAAAUGCUUGUUCCAUGCAAAAAUGGGAGGAAAAAUAAACGCAUCGGUCUUGUGACUA